UUGUUCUUGUUCUUCUAUUGUUUUAGUUGUUUUUCGACCUAUUUUUGGGAAGCGGCAAUAAGCAUAGGAAUUCGGAACCAGACAGCCAUCCCCAUUUACCAAUCAAUAGAGCAUAGGCUAUGUACGAUUCUGUAAAUGAGCAUACCUUUGUUGGAAAUAGGAAGGACCACCAGAGAGAGAGAGAUUUGAAUUUUAGAUUUAUACUUUCUGAAAUUUGGAUUUGGACAUAAAUGACACAGGCACAUGCAUGGAUGAGAUGAACAUGACAGCGCAUGAGCAUCAUGGACUGAGAUGCCAUGCAUCAAGGCUGGAUGGAAUUAGAAAGGAAUUAUAUCGUUAUUGGGGACAUGCAGGAAAGGUAAUCUGGGAUGGAAACCAAUCCGUGCAAUUCUGAAGUUAGUGUGUGUGUGUGGGUGUGGGGUGGGGUGGGGGGGGGAGAUGGGAUUAGCCUAGUACUGCUUGCUUGUUUUCUUUCUCCUGCUCUCUUUCUAUUUAGAUAGCAGUUGAAGAACCAAAAUUCAAUAAACAGUGAGAGUGGUGAAUGGGUUUGCUUCCUAAGUUAUCCAACACCUUUUUCUCUGAUGAGUGACGACCCACAAUCAUCUCCCCCAACCUUUCCUUUUCCAUAAUCAGCACCGGCCGUCUUUCUCUUUCUUUCUACAUAAUCUCUGAUCAUGGCCAUUCCUUUUCUUUUCAUCUACUCUGCACUUUUCUCUAUGUGGAAAUAAUAGAGAAACGGAGAAGCCUGUUUGUCUUCUAAUUAGGAACAGCCACGCCCAAAUGCUACCCGAAGCUGUCUGCAACUUCAAGGCAAUGAAGAGCUAGCAACCACCAGCUGUAGGUUGGGUCAAUAUUUUCUGAUCAAACAUGAAAGCAUCAAACUCUGAAUUUGAAGCAGAAGUCUUGUCCGAAGAUGAAUCAGACAUCAGCAGCCAAGUUGCUUCCAAUAUAUAUGGCCAUGGAACCACUCCAGACCCUUCCAAGGAUACCACCAACCCCUCCUCCUGCCUUACAAACCCCAUGAAGCUUCAACCCAAUCCAAGGCUUCUCUCCCUUGACUUAAGUCUUAGCUUAAAAAAUAGUGAUGCUGAUUUAGGGGGCAUGGAGUCAGUGGAGCUCUCACUAUCUAGCACCACUGAAUGUAGCAGCAAAGCUGCUGCUCAUACUCCAGCCACCUUCCCAAGAGUUUUCUCUUGCAACUACUGUCAGCGCAAGUUCUUCAGUUCACAAGCUCUGGGUGGGCAUCAGAAUGCACACAAGAGGGAGAGAACACUAGCCAAGAGAGCCAUGCGGAUGGGAGUCUUCUCAGAGAGGUAUUCCAGCCUAGCAUCUUUGCCCCUACAUGGGUCAGCAUGCCGGUCCCUUGGGGUCCAAGCUCACUCCUCAGUGCACCACAGUCUUGCAGCACGAGAGAAUCUGCCUGAGAUGAGAUCUGUUGCUAGGUUUGAACAUGGCUACUUUGGACCACCAGUGUUCAUGGAGGAUGAUGAGGCAGAGCUGUUUUGGCCUGGGAGUUUUCGACAAGUCCCUGAAGGAGUUGGUGGGUAUCCAGGUUUUGAACUGGCAGGAAGCUCACCCUUGAAUAUUGUAACAGUAGCUUCAGUGCCAGAGGCAGAUUCAUCUCCACCAGAUCUCACACUGAGACUAUAAGAGAUGAUAUGGUUAUAACAUCAAGGCCUUGAAAAUUGUGGACCUAGUGGUGGAUGCAAUGCAGUCUUCUGGUCUCAUCUGUUGGACCUGGAUGUUUGGUAACUAUCAGAUUCAUGGAUGGGAGGUAGGCUUACAAGGUAAUCUUGUGCCACUGUGCUUUGGUUGUAGAGCUAAGUGCUAUACCAUGCCUGUGUAUUAUUAGAAUCUUACAGAUACAUUCUGUUAGUCCAUCUUGAAGAUUUUCUACACCAAAGUUCAGCCUUUGAAUAAUUUACACUACCUAUGAUGGAUUUUGGUACUAUGGGGAGACAAGCAUGGAAGUCUUCCAGAAAAUAUCUCUUUUUGUGGCUAAAAAGUCCCAAUCAAAGAAUUUUGUCCAGAAGA